AUGGUGAAUGUCCCUUCCGUCCUGGAUGUCAGUUUCUACUCCGAUCAAAAAGGACAAGAGUCUAGGUACGCCUCUGUCAGGCAGAAGUUUUCCAAGACAUUCGGUGUUUCACCACUGUUUUUCGCCCGGGCCCCCGGCAGGGUCAAUUUGAUUGGCGAGCACAUCGACUAUUGCCAUUUUUCCGUGUUGCCCAUGGCCAUCGAGGUCGAUGUGAUUGCGGCCGUUGCACCUUCAGGAACACAGACAAUCACCAUUGCCAACACCAACACGAAAUUCGUCACGACAGAAAUCCGGCUUCCGCAACCCGCAGAUGCAGACAUCCCCAUCAAUAAGGACCUGCCUCUGUGGGCGGACUAUUUCAAAUGCGGACUUGUGGUGGCACGGAACUACAUGCGCGACACUGGGAAAGGAAAUAUCCAGACAUCCGGCGCCAUGGCCGGCUUCUACGCUCUUUUUGACGGAACCGUGCCUGCCGGAGGCGGCCUCUCAUCAUCGGCAGCCUUCUGCAUUGCAGCCACUCUAGCGGUGCUCCAAGUGAACGGCGUCACAGGCAUAUCGAAGGCCGAUCUCACGAAAAUCACCGUUGUAUGCGAGCACUACGUGGGUUUGAGUAACGGCGGCAUGGACCAGAGCGCAUCGAUCAACGGCGAGCCUGGGAAAGUCAUGCUCAUUUCUUUCAAGCCGCACCUUGCAGCCGUGCCGUUUGCGCUUCCAUCCACCAAUCCGGAAACCGUGUUUCUCAUUUCCAAUUCGCUAGUAACUGCCAACAAAACCGAGACGGCGCCUAGUAACUACAAUUUACGGGUGGUGGAAGUGGCCGUCGCAGCCGACAUCAUCGUGCAUCGUUUCGGCUUGGUUGUGGACAAAGACUCGAACAUUGGAACUGCUACGUUGCGUGGUGCAUUUGACGCCUACUUCACGCAAACGCUCGGCAAGGAGCCUUGGGACGGCACGGACAUUGACGUGGGCAUUUCCAGGCUUCAGCAAAUGCUACAGGUGGUGGACCAAAUGUACAGUGAUGCGGAAAAACGCGCAGGUUUGUCCGUGGACGCGGCCGUGGCAAAGGCCGGCGCAGCCAGCCGCGCAGAUUUCGAGCACACCUACUUGUCGCAUUUUCCCGUGCGUUUCGCCAAGCUCCAAAUAUACCGCCGCACACGCCACGUCUUUAGCGACAGCAUGCGCGUACUCGAAACACUUCGUGAAGCGAGGCAGUUUGCGGGUGACUCCCGGGGAUUCCUCCAAAAAGUUGGGGCGUUGAUGGACGAGUCGCAGGUGCUGACGCGCGACAUGAACAUGGCGUCCACGGAAGAAUGCGACGCCCUCUGCGAGGUGGGCCGGGCGCACGGCGCGUACGGGUCACGUGUCACGGGCGCCGGGUUUGGCGGGUGCGUGGUGCACGUGACCACCGCCGACAGGCUUCAGCGCCUCAGGCAGGCCCUUGUGGACGAAUACUAUAAGCGGCGGUUCCCAGCCCUUAGCGAGGCCGAUCUUGCCGAGGCCAUUGUGGUGUCGCGGCCGGCAAUGGGUGCCUGUAUAGUAUACAUGUAGGACCUAGAAUACACAAACAUUUUAUUAAAUCCGGGAAGCGAGACUAAUUCUCACUGUGCGCGUACAUUGUCAGCGCAAAAAGGGCAAAACAUAGAUCGAGCAAUAUACUCGGGUCAUUGUCGUCCAUCUACCAGAUGAAACAUGUGUCACGCCACCACCUUUGUAAUCUUGAAGAAUAUAGCAACUAUUGUACGGAGUGCGUGCCGAAUACGGCACCAUGAUAUCCUUUGGUCCGCCUUCCCCGCAGAGUCAUGGCUACUUACACCCGGAUUUUUUAAGAUUUCGGCUCGCAAGCCCCGAGCUCGCUUGCUAUUGGCUU